UCGAAUCGAUUGGAAAAAGUCAAAUAGCGCAGUAAAUACGGAACGUCCAUUCCUAUUCAUGCCAGGUGUGGAUAAGGAUACUGUGGUGACGCAGAGUAUGGCACGUCGGGGAAAAUGCAAGUGUGGAUACGUACUUAUAGUGGCAGUGUUACUCACUUUUAUAUGCGUCACAUACUACUACAACUACCAUGGAACGCGACACAAGGUGCCUGUUGUCGGCAGCAAAUUAGAAGCAAUACAGGAACGAUUACCCGAAAUACCAGAAACCGUGAACACAAAAUACAAUGAGGUGAAACAUUUUUUAUUUGAAAACUCUGAUUUAUUCAAAGAACAGAGACUGAAGCCACAACAGGAAACGGGCACGAGUUCGCGUUCUGGAGAAGGCGAAGUAGACGAGAGUGACAUGGUAUCCGGUAGUGACACUGAGUCAGAUAGUGAGUCCGAUAGCGAGGGUGAUAGCGAAACUGAGAGUGAGAGUGUUAAAGAUGAGGAUUCAGUAGCUGUUUCUGAAUCUGAGGACAGUAGUGAAGAUGAAGAGAGCAUCGAUGAGGAUAGUUACUUUUCAAAAGAGGAGAAGGGAAAGAAGGGAAAGCAUACCCAAACUGGAACCACAAAAGAAAAGUUGAACAGUAUUCCUGUAGAUAACACAAAACAAACAGCUAAAACUGACAAGGUUGACGGUCUAGUUGACAUGUCAGCUAGUAAAGAAGACGCCACGAAUACACAAAUCUCGGAGACAGUGGAAAUAGAAAAUACAAUGAGUGAUAAACAAAAACCGGCUGUCAAAGAUGAAUUUAAGACUGUUGAUCAAGAUACAUUAACUGCUACGAAAAAGGAAUGGAUUGGUUCAGAAUCUGAGUCAUCAUCUGAAGAUAAUGAUGAUAACGAAGAAAGUGAUAGCGAGGCAUCGGUUGAUGAAGGUGUUAACACUGAGAAAUAUAUUGCUGGGAAACCUGAAGGUGUGCCACAUCCUUCACAGUUACCAGCACAUAAAGAACAAUUGGGAAUAGCUGAAGACACAUUUGAAAGUGUUACAUCAGGGGGUGCUCUCAUAGUAGACGAGGCACAGCUACAGCCAGAUGAGGAACAAUUAGGAAACGUUGAAGACACAACUGAUGGUGUUACACUAGGUGGUGCUCUCAUACUAGAGGAGCCACAGCUACAGCCAGAUGAGAAGCAAUUAGGAAACAUUGAAAACACAACUGAUGGUAUUACACAAGGUGGUACUCUCAUACUAGAAGAACCACAGCUACAACCAGAUGAGAAGCAAUUGGGAAAUGUUGAAGACACAACUGAUAGUGUUAUAUCAAGUGGUUCUCUCACACCACAGCAAGCACAACAACAACAGCAACAACAGUUAGACCCAAAUUUAUAUCAUGGUGUGAGUGAUAGCUCUCUGCAGUUGGAGUCAGAAGAUGUUGAGGUUAAUCAUGUUUUAACUGAUCAAUCAAUCGAAGCAACACAAACCGACACUGAUGUCAUUAACUCUGGGAACAACAUGAACGAGUUGCAGUUGCAGCCAAUUAGCAAUCCAGAGUAUAUUCCGGAUUUAGUUGAUGGAAAACAGCUUCAAUUACAACAACAGCAACAUAUACAACAACAACCACAACCACAAUACUUACAAUCUGCUACAUUAGACACAGAUGGGCAACAACAAUAUGCAGGUACAGAGAACAUGCUACCAGAACCAUUAUUACAUUUGGAGACAUCAAAUGAGGCACAAGAAGGAUCUUUGUCUGAGAUUGGGGGAGAUCCGCUUUUGCUCUCAGAGGUCGCAUCAAUUGAACAACAACCUUCUACCGGCAAUACGGGAGAUAUAUUUAAGCAGAUACCUGCUCCAUCAAAGGUUGACACACAGCCAGAUACAGCUGGUGCUGGAAUAGAGAUUUUUACAGAAGAAACUCCGCAACUGAAUGCAGCAAUUGCAGCCCAUGAGUAUGACAAAGACGGUAAAAACCGCUUAUUGAUUCUUUCAUCUGCUCAGUACGCCUCAGCAUUCAUUGAUCAGAUUUUUAGAAAUAACAAAGAAUUUUUUUAUGCUGUUGAACCUGGGAUAUCAUUACGAGAAUGUCUUGAAUUACUAUACCCAGCUGAAAGCAUGUUCACUCCACGACUGGCUGAAAUGCUCCAUGAUAUUCUCCGGUGUAAGUUUGAUUCACCCAAUUUGCAGUGCUUUGUAUCAAGUUUCAAGACAAUGACAAUUAGUCAGAAGAUGAUACAACUGCAUGCUUUGGUGAAUGAGCAGGUUUGUUGGAAGUCGGGUGCAUUUUACGUAGGCUGCAAAGAACUUGAUGGAAGUAUGAUGUCAAACGUUUGUUAUGCUUAUAAGAACAUAGCAGUCAGAACACAUUAUAUGCACGAUAUUAAAUACGUAAUUUUACUUAUGAGAGACCCUACUCUGAAAGUCAUCCACUUCAUGCAGGAUCCCCGGACCAUUGCAGUGUCAUUUCUUGAAACUCAACGUGGAGUAAAAUCGCAAUACGAUGCUUUGGAUUGGGACAGUAAAAUACAAAAUGCAGUAAGCGAAUUCUGUCAUACAUGGACACAAAAUGUAGAAACAAUUCGAGCAAUGCCUUCAUCCUACAAGGAUAGAUACAAAAUAGUUCGUUAUGAGGAUAUCGAGGCAGAUCAUCAACAUUACAUCACGAAACUUUCUAAGUUCAUUAAUGUUUCCAUCUCCAUGGACAUAUAUUCUGCUGGUGGAGAUAUUCAAGAAAAUUUGCCCAAGUACAUACCCCCAAACACCAAGCGAUGGGAAUUGAAGUUAAACUAUGAAUUAGUGCAAAUGAUACAAAGUUUAGUCCCAUGCAAAGAGUUAUUAGCAUCGUCACAUUACGGAGCUGUCGACUCGGAGGAAAAAUUUACUACAAAGGCAAGAGCCCUAAACACACUCAUGAACGAAAUUAGAGAGGCCCAAAAGAAUGAUCAGUGA